AUGCAUACGGAAAAUAUAAAAAAAAUUAAAGUUAUGCAAAAUUCUUUAAUGCUAUUGAGAAUUCCGUUUCUUUUUCCUACUACAAGCGAAAUGAAUGACCCAAAAACAAAUAUUUAUAUCAAAUUUUUAUUGGUUAAUUUGAGUUCGAUGUAUUAUCCAAUUGGGGCAGCCAUGCAUAUGAUAUUCAACGCAAGAAAGGGUAUAGUUGAUACAAUCGACAAAGACAUUGGUGCAAUCAUAUCAUAUUUUGGAUGUACCUACUUCCUGUUUAGAUAUUUACUAAACCUUAAAAAAGUCAUUCGUUUGUACAAAGAAUAUUCAGAUUUCGAGUCGUUUGGACAACCUAAAAAUUUUACAAAACGAAACCAUUAUUAUAAUAAGUUAUCCAAAAUAUACAUAUCGUACCAUACAUGUGUAAUUACUACUAUGAUAUCCGCUACGUUUUUGUACAUACCAGAAUGUGAAAAGGAAAAUAUGGAGAAGGGAUUAACUGAAGUGUGUGGUUUACCAGCUCCAACGUGGUUGCCAUUCGAGUUUGAUUAUUUCCCGGUAAAACAGCUUGUCUAUUUAUACCAGGGUUAUUCUAUUUUCUCCGUUUACCAAUCAGCCGGAUUUAUAUCAUUCUGUAUGAUGGAGGCAUUAGAACACUUGGUACUUCGAUUUGAACACGUAUCGGAUACUUUCGUCGAAGUUUUUUGUGAAAGUAACAGAAUAAUCCGAAGACAAAAGUUUUUAAAGGCAGUUAGAUAUCACCAAGCAGUUAUUGGAAUGGGAACAUUGCUCAACGAAUGCUUUAGUCCGUGCAUGAUGGUACAUAUUAGCCUUACAGGACCUUUUUUGGGAGUUUGUGGUUACACUUUCUUAACAAGAAUUCCUUUGGAUUCCAGUGCACUACUGGUGGGAUGGAUGAUAUCGACCUAUAUAGUUUGUUUAGGAGGGCAGCGUUUAAUGGAAGCGAGUAUGUCCGUUGGUACUAUAAUGGAACGUAUUAACUGGUAUGAUGUAGAAACUAGCCUCCAAAAAGAUCUAAUCCUGGUUAUGUCCAGAAGUAGAAAGCCAGUUCAUUUAAGAGCUGGACCAUUUGGACCUAUUACUUAUGCUACUAUUGUAAUGAUUCUGAAAACAUCAUAUUCCUAUGUUACAUUGUUAAAACAAACUAUGUAACUAACGCUAACUGAAAACUUCUUCUGGGUUCAUCUUAAUGGCAGAAAAUAAACACUUUUAUAGAAUACGCUACUAAUCAAUUUAGAGUUAGGCACGGCAUAGUUUAUAAUUAAAGCAAAUAAAAUUAUUUUAAAUAA